AUGAAGGCUAAAGCAUGCACCAAGUGCCGCCAGUGGAAAGCCAGGUGCGAAUACGGCGGAGAUGCCUCGGAAGGAUGUACACGCUGCAAGGCGCUCAAGCUACCAUGUGUGUUCGACGCCUCUUUCAAACGCACAUCCAAGGCGAGGUCUAUUCAGAUGAUGUCCUCCAAGAUCCAAGAGUUACAGCAAGCUCUCCGCGAGGCAACCCCGAGCAACGGGUCUUCGAACCAGUCACAUGAACACAGUAGCGACGUCCUUGUCUCGCCGAAUUGGACCUCACAGCUACCUAGCCUCGCGGAACCGAACGGCGAAGGCCCUCUGAAUCCACUGGUGUUGUCGCAGCCUGGCUCCAUGGCCUUGGGUGGGCCAACCGCCGCGUACCGCACCAACACGGGGGUGGCCCUCACCUAUGGCCAAGUCAACGAGCACUUCAGAACGUACUUCGCUCGGUGCCAUCAGUACCUGCCGUUCAAAAUGACGACGCGCUCCGCCGAGGCCGUCUACUCCAAAUGCAGCCUGCUGUUUUGGGUCAUCUGUACCACGGCGGCCAGCUGGAAGCUUCGGUCGCAGCUCGCACCCGCGGUCAAGGCGAUGCUGGCAGAGACGCUUCACUCGCGGCCCGUGUACGUCGAGAAGGUUCAAGCGUUGCUGAUCAUGGCCAUGUGGCCCUUCUCGGUCUCUUCCGUCAACGAGGACGCAUCACACUACUACGGUUGUAUCGCGACACAGAUGGCUCUACAGCUCGGCCUUCACCGUCCGACCCAGACUCACAUCCACGCCCACGGGUCGUUGGAGAGUGAGAGUGCCCUGAACGUAGACGAAGAAGUCAAGACCACCACGUGGCUCUCCUGCUUCGUCGUCAACCAAAAGUUGUCCGCCAUCUGUGGUGUACCGCCGUCGAUCAUCGUCGACAUCCACCUCCUGAACGCGUUCGAGAGCAAAGUCGUCGGCGUGAGGCUUUCCCAACUGUGCCGUGUCUACCACAUGUCCAUGCAGGCGAACCUGGCGAUCGGCACCAACGGGUCGACUCCGUCGGGCAUGCUCGAACCCGAAACGCGAUUGAACAUGGUCAAGGUCUGGGGGGAGCACUUCUCCACCUUGCAGGCGCAGCACCUAGAGGACAUGGACAACGUCGUGAGGACGGCCUUCCUGACCUCGCGUCUCCAACUGUGGAGCUUCAUCCUGCUGGACGACAUGCUCGUGUCCCCCGAGAUGUUGAGCCUCGUCGAGAGCGCGAGGCAAGACGCCUGCGACCUCAUCGAGCUUUGUUACAGCCAGAAUCUCUCCAUCGUCCCGGCGUGCGUGCGUCACGCCAUGUGCUACAGCGCCUUGGUGUUGGUCAAGCUCCUGCGGUCCGGCUACAGCGCCGAGUCGGAGGUCCUCCAAGACAGCAUCGACCGCGCGCGGCAGGCUCUGAAAAGUACAGUCACCUCCCCCGACGACAUCCACCGCAAGGCCUCCGAGACGAUCCAGAAACUCCUGUACAUCGAGGACAAGAAAAUCUCACCCCAGAUCUACACGAGGAUGGGUGCGUCGGUCGUGUACGAUUUGCUGCGGAUAUGGUCGGAGCACAAGUACGGUAUUUUACCAAACGAAUUGCCCGACGACCAGACGAUCGAUCUGGAAGGUUUUGACUGGAACUUUCUCGGCAUGUUGGGAUGA